AUGAAGCGCGGAGCGUCGAUUGAACGCCAAUUGGGGAGGGAAAGGGAUGGCCAUAAGCCGAUGUGUCGUCUUUAAUCAUUCACUUCUUCACUAUCAUCGUCGUCCUCCUCCACUUUUCUCAACUGCUCUGCGUUCGACCUCGUCAUCCAUGGAAGCUCCUCCCGAAGGUUACCGCAGAAACGUUGGCAUUUGCCUCGUCAAUUCUUCUAAGAAGAUUUUUGCUGCCUCAAGGUUGGAUAUACCAGAUGCUUGGCAAAUGCCACAGGGUGGCGUGGAUGAGGGUGAAGAUCCAAGAAGUGCAGCCAUCAGAGAACUUAGAGAAGAAACAGGAGUUAGAUCCGCAGAGAUUAUUGCUGAAGUACCUUAUUGGCUGACUUAUGACUUCCCACCUCAUGUCCGGGAAAAACUUCGACAUCAGUGGGGUUCUGACUGGAAGGGUCAAGCGCAGAAGUGGUUUCUGCUGAAGUUGACUGGAAGUGACGAAGAGAUCAAUCUUUUAGGUGAUGGGACUGAGAAACCCGAGUUCGGCGAAUGGUCAUGGAUGUCACCUGAACAAGUAGUCGAACGUGCUGUAGAUUUCAAGAAACCUGUUUACAAAGACGUUCUAACGGUAUUCAAACCCCAUCUCGAGUAAUUUUAUUCUCUACUACAAAUAUUUAUACUUGUCCCUUUCGAUUUGUUGGUUUAAUUCUUUAGUUGAAUGAACUAAAGUUAAAUAAAAACAUGUCACAACCCAGCUGGAUUGGGGAAGUAGUCUUCCUUCUUGAAUGGUUAUAGGGUUGUGUUCUUGGAAUGAGAUUGUUGCAAAUAAGUUCAUGUAGAAUGCUCUCAUAUAUUUGAGAAUAAUUCAUGUUUUCCUCAGUGGGAACAAGAUUUUAUGCAGUUUUGAAGA